AUGUACGGUUUCCGGCGUCCACGGAGCCCCAGGGAUUCGCCGGCAGAACGGAAGGACGACACGGUGGGAGAGAGCAGAUGGGCUGCCGCCCAGUGGAAUCCGACAAAACGUUGGCAAGUGGAACAGCAUCGCAGGACAGGUGCCGAACCAGUCGCCGUGCAAGGAGCUCUGCGCCCAGAUCUGAGGGUGGUCUCCGAACCCCCCCAGGGGCGGCAGAUUCCCAGCGCACACGUGAUCGUGGUCAUCUUGGAACCAGGAACAGACCUCCAGUUGCGCCUGGGAGAUGAGGUCCUGGUCUUGGUCCCGCAGACAGCCCUGCAGCUGACACUCAGCAACGUGACCGUCGUGGUCGUCCCGGAGCACGUCCUGAACUUGUCCGAGGAUCUGCUCUUCCCUGCCCACGCCCGGUUUCUUCUGCCGCGGGGGGCCGAUACCACGUGGGAAAUCAAUAUUGAAGACGGAUCCCUUUCAGCCCAGCAUGCGCAUGUCCCACGUGCAGAAGAGGAGGGGAGGCUCCACGGGGCCUCCAGCCCGCGAUGGGACGGACCCUUGGCCUAUCAAGUCCCGGCUUUCAGGCCGCCUUCGCUGAGCACCCUCCUGCUCAAGCCUUUUUACAGGGCCGCCGCCCCGGAGGGCUGCUGCAGGCUGCCGGGGCCCAGGCCGGGGAGGCGCCCUCUGCCGGCCGAAUUCAGCCUGGACCUCCACGGCCUGGGGCCCUGCGCGGGCUCUGUGCUCAGGCCUCUGCCUCCCUCCUCCAGUCCGGAGACCAGGCCCUGCCGCGCGGUGGGUCGCAGGCCGCCCAGCAAGGCCCGGAGACGACUCUUCUAA